AUGACGUAUGAGGAAAUGAUUAUCGAGGCCAUUAUGGCGCAUGGAGACGACGCUCGUUCAGGCCUGGGUCGUCCGACGCUGAAAAAGUAUAUUUUGAUGAAACAUCCCGACACCAGCAAGCUUCCCCUUGCUUCAUUCAAUUCACACUUGAACCAGGCUAUUGUACGAGGAAAAGACAAGGGCGUAUUCCUUCUCCCCAAAGGCGUGAGCGGUAAAAUUAAGCUGGCCGCCAAGGCUAAGCAUGCGGCAGACAAGUCCAAUGCCAAAACGUCCGUGACGAAGAAAGCCGCGCCUAAAAAGAAGACAUCUAAGCCGGAUACUGCGUUGCAGGGAUCUCAGAAGAAGACCAAGUCUUCUACAACAAAGCGUGUGACGGCGAAGAAGCCGUCUACUAGCCAAGGCAAGAACACGUCCGCCCGAUCGACGAAGGCAAGGUCAACGACGAAAAAGGGUACCACGUCUUCUUCCAGCAGGAAGGCUGCAGCUACUACGAAAGCGACCGCUGACAGAAAAGGCACCGCGAAAACAAAUUCGAGCGCUUCGUCCAGCAAGAAAGCUGCCCCAGCUAAGAAAGCCACUGCUAAGGUACGCAUUGUCCAACAUGUUUGA